GUUGGUUUUCAUGGACAAAAGUCCACCCGAUUGAGGAACGCUCGAUGCCUUCUUUUUUCGGUGGAAAGUCUGGCACUCGAAAUCCUGAUAUUUAUAUUGAGAUACGUAAUUGGAUUAUGAAAAAAUUCCAUGCAAAUCCUAGUACGCAGAUUGAAUCAAAAGAUGUAUCAGAGAUGGAAAUCGGAGAACUAGAUGCUAGACAGGAGGUGAUGGAGUUUCUAGACCAUUGGGGUUUGAUUAAUUUUCACCCUUUCCUAUCCGCAGAUUCAACUUCAACAAGUGAUGUUGAUGAUGAAAAUCAAAAGGACUCUUCGGUUGAGAAGUUGUUUCACUUUGAAACAUUAGAAUCCUCUCCAUCUGUUGUUCCAAAGACUAAUGUUACCACCGCUCCACCAAGAUUGCUUCGAGAAUCUGCAAUUUCUGAAGAGAUGGUGAGGCCUGAGGGUCCAUCUGUUGAGUACCACUGUAACUCGUGCUCUGGUGAUUGCUCUCGGAAACGGUACCACUGCCAGAAGCAGGCAGAUUUUGAUUUAUGUUCGGAGUGCUUUAACAAUGGGAAAUUUGAUUCUGAUAUGUCUUCAUCAGAUUUUAUUCUCAUGGAGUCUGCUGAGGUUCCUGGUGCUAGUGGAGGUAAGUGGACAGAUCAGGAAACUCUCCUCCUCCUUGAGGCUUUAGAGCUUUAUAAGGAAAACUGGAAUGAGAUUGCGGAACAUGUGGCCACCAAAACAAAAGCCCAAUGUAUAUUGCACUUCAUUCAAAUGCCAAUUGAAGAUAGCUUUCUUGAAUCUGAGAACAACGAUGAAGUCAGUGCUAAAGAAACUGUUGUUCCGCCGUCAAUUGAAAAUGAUUCGUCAGUUCCCAUGGAUAUCACUGAAUCGAUGGAUAAUAAAACUACUGGAAAAGAGGCCUCGAAUGUAGAAAAUGCCACCAAGGAAGAUACAGUUGAGGUAAAAGUUGGGCAGGAUAAUUCAAAAUCAAAGGAUGUUGAAGUAAAAGCUGCUUUAGACAACUCGAAAUCAGAAGAUGGUGGUCAGAAGGCUUCUGAAGACAUUGCCUUGAAUGCUUUGAGGGAGGCAUUUGAAGCCAUUGGUUAUGUAUUAACAUCUGAUCAGCACCCACUUUCAUUUUCUGAUGUAGGGAACCCUGUCAUGGCACUGGCUGCAUUCCUUGCACGCUUAGUUGGACCUGAUGUUGCCAGUGCAUCAGCUCAUUUUUCUUUGAAAAGCAUGUCUCAGAAAUCUCCCAGUUUAGAUCUGGCUACAAGACACUGCUUUAUUUUAGAAGAUCCACUAGAUGACAAGGCACAAGCUAAUCCAGAGAGGGUUGUCAAUGUGGAAGCUCAGCAAAAUGUCAAUGAACAGUGUGAAAAACAGAGGAAAGACACUUCUACUUCAGUUUUAGAUGAUAGAGCCUUAUCAACUACUAACAGUAGUUACAAAAAUGGAGAAUCUGUGACAGAGGAAACUACAAUGGAGAAUAGAAAUUCUGCAGAUGCUACUAAAGAACACGAUCCAAUGGUUAAUCAUGGUUCAGAUGGAACAAAUAAAUUGAAAGAACUGACAGAACCAGAAGUGCCCAAGGAUGAUAGAACAGGCGUUGUUAAGGAAACUGAAAAUAUGGAAUCAAAAUUGACAACAAAUACAGUUGAAAAAUUGGGAGAAGAAACUUCUGUUGAAAAGCCAUCACAAUCUACGUUGUUAUCAAAGGAUAUACAUAUGUCAGAUCUACAGUAUGCUGAAAAAACUGAGAUUCAGAAACCUGUUCCAUCUCCUUCUGUCAAUACUUCAAAAAUAGAUGAUGUGCCAAAUCCUUUACCUUCCGUGAAUGAACUUCAGCCAUUGGUUGCUGCCAAUUCAGUGAAAGUAGCCUCAAGUGAUGCAGCUAUGGUGUCUGAUCCUCGAGAUAAGAAUGAACCUGCACAAACUGAAACAUCUAAAUCUGUGGUUGACCAGGGAGCAAGCAAGGUCUCUGAUUCUUUGCCCACAGAAGAGAAUGCAACUCCACAGCCAGUUAAACCAAAUCCAGUUAUUGAUAAAGGAACAG